GCACUUGGCACAGUGCUGACGUUUGUCAGUCAGUCAGUCAGUCGAAAUAAGCCGAAAAAAACAAAAUUGACGAUUUAACUGAAACUGCGUCUUAAAUAGGCGUGAAAGACAAAAUUUAGUGUAAUAAACACACGCAAAAUUACAGGACUCAACCCAGCAAUUCUGCAGUGUGACGACAUCCCACAACAAUUUGUGGCUAGACCCUCUUCACUUGAUAGUGACUGCAAUUUGUGGGUGGUUUGGUAGUAGAGCUGUGUGUGCUGCUGUAGUUGUUGUCGAAUUCACAUUCCUCAAACCAAAAAAAGGAAAAUGCUAUCGCCACGGUGCCAUCGUCGCACCAUGGCUCCGAUGAUGCUGCUUGUUUGGGCCAGUGUGCUGUCGCUAUCGCAGGCUUUCUAUCUGCCUGGCCUGGCGCCCGUAAACUUUUGCAAGAAGUCAGAGAUCUCCUCUACAUGCAAGUCGGAUGUCAUUUUGUAUGUGAAUCGCUUGAACACCGAGGAGUCUGUGAUUCCCUAUGAGUACCAUCACUUUGACUUUUGUCUGGGCAAGGAGGAGAACUCCCCCGUCGAGAACCUGGGCCAAGUCGUUUUUGGCGAGCGUAUUCGACCGGGUCCCUAUCACAUACAGUUCAUGGAGGAUGUGGAGUGCGCAGUGGCUUGUCAGAAGGAUUACACUGGCGGCAAUGCGGACAGCGAUCGUCGCAUGAUGGUGCUAAAGAAGGGCAUUAGUUUGAACUAUCAGCAUCAUUGGAUCGUCGACAAUAUGCCUGUAACGUGGUGCUAUCAGCUGGAGACGGGCAAACAAUAUUGCAGCACUGGCUUCCCCAUGGGUUGCUUGGUCCGUCCCGAUGGCGAAGGUUGUGCUAUCAAUUCGAUGUACAAUCGUCCUCUGCACUACUAUCCCUUUAAUCAUGUGGAUCUGGAGAUCACCUAUCACAGCGGUGCUCGCGAGGAAUGGGGCAUGGGAUUCAGUAGCAGCAGUGGUCGCAUUAUCUCGGUGAAGGUGACUCCCAAAUCUUUGAAUCAUGCUGAUCCUAAGAAUCCCAAUUGUUUGGGCACCGAUCCUCUCGCCAUACGCGAAAGUUCACUGAAGGCGGGCGAAUCGCAGACCAUCCUUUACACAUAUAGCGUGAAAUUCAAAUUGAAUAAUGCUGUCAAAUGGUCAUCGCGUUGGGAUUACAUAUUGGAAUCGAUGCCGCACACAAAUAUCCAAUGGUUCUCCAUACUCAACUCACUGGUAAUUGUGCUGUUCCUCAGCGGCAUGGUGGCCAUGAUUAUGCUGCGCACACUGCACAAGGAUAUUGCACGAUACAAUCAAAUGGAUAGUGGUGAGGAUGCCCAGGAGGAAUUCGGCUGGAAACUGGUGCAUGGCGAUGUCUUUAGGCCACCACGCAAGGGCAUGUUGCUAUCUGUAUUCUUGGGCUCUGGUGUUCAAGUGCUGGUUAUGGCCAUGGUUACUUUGGGCUUUGCUUGUCUCGGUUUCUUGUCGCCAGCGAAUCGUGGCGCCUUGAUGACCUGUUCCAUGGUGCUGUUUGUCUCGCUGGGCACGCCAGCUGGCUACGUCUCGGCACGCAUCUAUAAGAGUUUCGGUGGUGUCAAAUGGAAGAGCAACGUCAUUCUUACCUCGAUUGUUUGUCCCGGUGUGGUUUUCUCGUUGUUCUUUGUAAUGAAUCUGGUGCUGUGGGGCGAGAGCAGCUCGGGCGCUGUGCCUUUUAGCACUUUGGUUGCCCUGCUCGCUUUAUGGUUUGGCGUCUCUGUACCCUUGACCUUUGUGGGUGCCUAUUUCGGUUUCCGUAAGCGCGCCUUGGAGCAUCCUGUGCGCACGAAUCAAAUACCACGUCAAAUACCAGAUCAAUCCAUCUAUACGCAACCCAUUCCUGGCAUUGUUAUGGGAGGCGUGUUGCCAUUUGGCUGCAUCUUCAUUCAGCUGUUCUUCAUCUUGAGCUCUCUGUGGUCUAAUCAAAUGUAUUAUAUGUUUGGAUUCCUGUUCCUCGUAUUCCUGAUUCUUGUCAUCACGUGCUCGGAAACAACCAUUUUGCUAUGCUAUUUCCAUUUAUGUGCGGAGGACUAUCAUUGGUGGUGGCGAUCGUUCCUCACAUCGGGUUUUACGGCCGUCUAUCUGUUCAUCUAUUGCUGUCACUACUUUGUCACAAAGCUGUCGAUCAAAGAUAGCGCAUCGACGUUCCUCUACUUUGGUUAUACAGCAAUUAUGGUAUUCCUAUUCUUUUUGCUUACGGGCACAAUUGGAUUCUUUGCGUGCUUCUGGUUUAUACGAAAAAUUUAUAGCGUUGUCAAGGUGGAUUAGACACAACGAACAGACAGACAGACAGACUACACAUAUAUAUCAAAUGUUUAUAUUUAUAUAUACGACAUAUAAAGUCUG